AUGUCCAUCCACUUCAAGUUCAAGUCCGCCAAGGAGUUCGACACCGUCACGUUCCCCGGCGCAGUCAUCCGCGUCUUGGACUUGAAGAAGGCGAUUGUCGACAAGAAGAAACUGGCGAAGGGACUGGACUUUGACCUGGUGAUCACGGACGCCCAGAACGGCAAAGUGUACGACGACGAGACGACGCAAUUGCCGCGGAACACCAGCGUCACGGUCAAGCGCAUCCCGAGUCAGCAGCCAGGCAGUGGCCUCCUCGCUCGGAUGAAGCACGAAGCGGCUGUGGCGGCGGCAGCAGCAGCUGCUGCAGCUAUUCACGCGUCGCCAGUUGUCGCGCCGUUCGCUGGACCGUCGCCGGGAUUGCCCGCUGGCUUAUCGCCCACACAGCCAAUGAGUAAUCUUGCGCUGAAUACGGGAGAUGCGGCUGCAGAAGGAGGGGCACAGACAAUGGAAGACGAAAUGGCGGCAUUGCAGUCGAUCCAUGAACAGGCCGAAGAUAUGCGCGGCGCGCGAUCCGGCAAUAAAACGUGGACAGCGUCCAGCGGCAGCAAUGCCAAUAACGUGAUGAACUACUACGCAGCCAAUAGCGCAGCUGGAGAAGCAGGUGGACGAACAAGUGGAGCUGGUGGUCGCGGGUUUGGUCGCGGGGGACGAGGCGGCGACUUUAGUGGACGCGGUGGACCAAUGAAUGGAAGAGGUGGGGGCCGGGGCACAGGAGCUGCUGCUGCUGCUGCUGGGGCUGGUCCGAACGCACUCGGCAAUCCACCCACCAACUAUGUGUGCUAUCGAUGUGGCACACCUGGGCAUUACAUCCAAAAUUGCCCGACAAAUGGCGAUCCAGAGUUUGAUCAACAUCGUGUGAAAAAGAAAACGGGGAUUCCCAAGUCGUUUAUGAAGGCGGUGAGCGAUCCGAGCGAGAUACCCGUAGGUGCGGGCAAAACGGUAGUGAACGCGCCGUGGGGCGGGCUAGCUGUGAUAGAACCGCAGAAUAAAAAUUUCUCUAAAUUAAUGGCUCGGUCAGGCGGCUCGGCCACCUUGGAUCAAUUCAUCUCGAAUCCACCCGAGCACUUGGCAUGUCCCCUUUGCAAACGGCUCAUGAGCGACGCUGUGCUUAUUCCGUGCUGCCAAGAGUCUGCUUGUGACGAGUGCUUGCGUAGCGCCCUGAUUGAGCAUAAGCUUACAUGCCCGCUUUGUGACGCGAGCAAUAUGUCACCGGAGAAGCUUUUGCCGAACAAGGUGCUUCGGACUUCCGUGGACGAGUUUCUGAGACGUGCACGCACAGAGCAGCAAGAGCGGGAACAGUUGGUUAAGGAAGCGGAAGAGAAAGCAUUAGCCAAGCAGAAAGCUGCAGAACUAGCCGCAAAUUCCGCGACGCGUCGAUCUGGUGACAGCGCGGAUGCUACUUUGGAGAUAAAAAAGGGAAGAAAAGGUGACGGGGACGAAGAUGAAGAGGAUGAGUUUGGCGGCGACAUUUUUGGCGACGGGGACGAGAUCGCAGAUGCUGCGUCACCGCAACAGUCUGCUGCUACGGCAUUGGCGUCUCCCCUGCAGCCUUCAGAGCAGCCUCCGCUUCCUAAAGACGACAAGGAUGUAGCACCGGAUGGCCCGAUUCGAAAGGCAAGCGAUGCGUCGUCUGGUGGAGGGAAUCAAACAAGCAAAACUGCGGAUACUUGCUCGCCCAGCUUAGGGCCACAAGCCGCUUCUGCUGGUCACGGUCUUCCUGGACACCAAAUGCCAUGGGGCCCUGAUGGCCCUCGUGGCCCGUUGAUGGGCUUUAAUGGUCCUGCCGGUCCAUGGUUUGACGGGCCUCCGCGUGGUCAGCUAGGGCCGUGGUUUGACGGUCGGCCUGGUCCGUGGUUUGAUGGUCCAUUCCCAGGGCCGGGCGGGCCCCGGGGUACUAUGAAGGGCGGGCGCGGAGGCGGUCGAGGUCGUGGGGGUCGUGGAAUGCCUCCUCCUGGCUACUUUGGUGGUCCUGGUCCUGAUUACUUUGGCCCUCCACCUGGACACCCUGACUACUUUGGACCUCCGUUGCGAUGGUUUGACGGACCGAUGCCUCCGUUUGGUGAACGCGAAGGCAGUGGAGAUCGCUGGUUCAAAGAAGGGUCUCGCGGUCGCGAUGACGACCGACGCCGCGACCGCUCUACUUCUCGUGACAGAGAUCGAUCGCGCGCACGGAACCGAUCGACUGAUCGCGAAGGAAAACCUGAGCGCGAACGCCGUGGUGGCGAUGGGAAGGGAUCGCGGCGGUCUCGUAGUCGUGACGGCAAUGCAACGCGGGUAGCCCGGAGUGGCGACCGAGACCGCAGCAAGCGGAGUUGGAGUCAUAGUCGCAGUCGCAAGGCAGCACGCAGCCGUAGCAACUCGCGUUCUAGGCAAGACAACAGAGCUCGUGGACGUUCGAAUACUACCCGUGCUUCUUCCUCCAGACGAUCGCGCAGCACGAGCCGCAGCCGUCAUCAUCGUGAGCACAAGACCGAUAGCGUUCGCGAUGCGAACCGGAGCUCCAGUACAACCUUAAACAAAGACAGCAACAAGGACUCUAGGAAAGAUGACAGCAAGAGCUGUAACGCGGAAUCGGACAAAGACAGCAACAAGGGCGCUAGGAAAGAUGGCAUCAAGGAGGACGCUAGGAAAGAUGACAGCAACAAAGAGUCCAUAAAAGAUAGCAGCAAAGAGUCGAGGAAAGAUGACAGCAACAGAGACGCUAGGAAGAGCGACAACGUGGAUACCAGGAAAGACAGCAGCAGAGAGUCCAGGAAAGACAGCAGCAGGGAGUCCGGGAAGGAUGACAGCGACAAAGAUGCUAGAAAAGAUAGCUGCAGGGACUCCGGAAAAGGAAGCUACAGGGGCUCCAGGAAGGACAGCAACAAGGACCUGAGGAGGGACUGCAGCAACGAUUUGAGGGGAGACAGCAGCAAAGACCUGAGGAGAGGAAGAAGUAAAGACGUGAGGAGAGACAGCAGCAAAGACUUGAGGAAAAACAGCAACAAAGAUGCGAGGAAAGACAGCAACAAAGAUGCGAGGAGAGACAGCCGCAAAGACUUGAGGAAAGACAGCGACAGAGGCUCAAGCAAGGAACGCAGGAAUGACCUCAAACGUGGCUCGAGCACAAACACGAGUGCGAAGGACAAAAAGCCCAACGAAGAGGAGAAAAACCAAGUGAGCACGGUCAAGGACGUCAAGUUGGACCAGGUGGCCGCGCCUGCCAUUGAUCUUGACUUUUUGGCUGAAGCAAUGGAUGCAAGUGAUAACGAGACUUCCCUUCCGACAACUCCCGCUGCGCUCGACCGUAAGAAAAGCGAUGCAAGUAUGACAGGCAAUGAUUUCAAGUCUAAUGAAGAUAAGCGCUCUCGUAAACAUGAUUCGCGUGAGCAGAAGGAGGACUGUGGUCGCAAAGGCAGUAGCCGCUCUCCGUCUCGGAAACAUGAAAAGGCUGGCAGCCGCUCUAGCCGUGGACGAAAUCGCGAUCGCGAGCGUGACCGUAGCCCGACAUCAGAGAAGCGAGUGGAGUCGUUAUCUCGUAGCCGCCGUAGUCGCUCGCGCUCGCAGUCUCGGCGUGAAUUAUCUCGAGAAUCGUCCCGUCGACGAGCAGAUUCUUCAACCAAGCGCGCAGAAGAGAAUGGCUCAUCUUCGUCCCGUAUGAAGGGUCACGACAGUGGUGGAGACCGUGAUCGCGACCGUGUUCGAGAUCGAGGCAAUCGUGGAGAGGAUAAAGGCUCAUCGUUGUCACGUAUGAAGGGUCAGGGUGGUGGUGGAGACCGCGAUCGCGACCGUGUUCGAAAUCGGGGCAACCGCGAUCGUGAUCGGGAUCGCGACCGCGAUCAGACAAUUGAGAAAGAUCAACCUCGUGACCGCGAGAAAGCUUUAGAUGGAAAACGUGAUCGUCCACGUGAUCGCAAAGAACGCGAAGCUAAGCGUGGUCGCGAUAUUGCUGACGACGGUGCUUCUAUGGGAGGUGACCGCAAGCGACGUCGCAGUGCUGAGAAGGAGCUUCGUAAUGAGAAGAGCACAGGCGGCAGCGGACGCGUGGUCACGACAGCUUCCGGCUCCUCCCGUGGCUCACGCGGCGGGAGAAAUCGUCGUCGUGGCGGUGGUGGAUCUGGUGGCAACGGCGGAGGUGGGGGCGGCGCUGGUGGUGACGAUGACAAACGACGGAUCGAGGUGGAGAAUGAAGGAAAAAGUGGUGGGAAUGACCGGAAGCGGUCCUCUCGCAAGAAGAAGGAUGAUCGAGGAGGCAAGGGAUCCGGUGAGCCACAGGCAAAGAAGCGAUCGGUGCUGGACCGACUUGGACCGAAGCUAUGA